UUACAGUUUGUCAGUGGAAUCAAAAUGGCAAUGCGGUGUCAAUUCCCUGUACUUAAUUUUUUGCCUGCGUCAUGCUGUCGGUCCACGGCUAAGAUUGGAGGCUUGAUUGCAGUCGCACUUUCCGCAGACACUUCCCAGCAUCCUGCCCGCGCAAGGCUCGUGGACCGUAAACAAGCCCAGUCCUCUUUCUGCCAGCUCACACCCUCCACGCAACACGGCUGCCACACUUUUUGGGCUUUGCAAUCAUUGUGCAACGUUGGACAGCCACAAUUGCUUGCCUGCCAUGCGCUACGACAAUUGGGAUAUCAUCCUCUUCCCUGAUGAAUCGAACAUCCCCAUCCCCGAGUACAAGACUGCUUGUUACUUCUCACGAGACGAAGACGGCGUUGAGCUGCCUACAUUGCGAACAUACAUCGGCUCGCUCAAGCCAGAGACUCCAUUUCGUAUCUCUGUUCAUCACUGGGGCCCACAGAAGCCUUCGCCUUUCAUACAACAGGUCCAACGCAGGGUCGGCUCAGAUAUCACCUUCACCGUACAAGUCAUCAUCGACGGUACCAGGCUUUACCAUGGCAGCUUUGCGGUAGACACCAGUUCACCACAAGAAAUUGCAUACGAACAGCGAUCCUUCAGGUCAUCACAUUGUAACGAGCAACCUACCAGUCAUCCAAAACAACGCCUUCUGUUCCCCAAAAGUGACAAGAAUGCCCUGUUGCAAAGCUCGGCAUGGCAACCUCGUGGAACAGAUAACCGUAUCAAGAUCAUACUGUCAGAGCGACUCAUCAAUGAAGAGGGCUCACUCAGUAUGGACUGUUGGGGAAUCGUCUGUUUUUCUUUCCAACAUGGUCCUAGAGAGUUGCUGGAGCAGGCCGGCAUCGCAUACCCAAUAAUUGACCCCUUGCGCUCCUUGGUGGGAGAUAGAGCCACGUUCACGGCAAAGCCUGCUCUAUGGAGCACAAAGACUCGUACUCUACAGCGAGGCUCUCGCGAAAACCCCAAAUAUUCACCAGACUCCGACUUAGAGUCUUGCAGACCGCCCAAACCUGAGCAACACAAACAACCUCCUGCACGAAUGACGUCAACCUACCCGUCACAGCUCAUGGGAAACCAAGAGGGCGGUGUCCCUGGUGUCUGGCAUGACUUCUAUCGACCUUUCAUUGAUGGUGACAUCAGUAUGGAAACAUGGCCGUCGCAACGGUAUGCAUCCAACGUGACUGGAGUACAGGGCUUCCAUCAUUCUCCCCUCCCUCAAUAUACAGUACCUACUUGGCCACACGGUAUGGUAGCGUCAGGACAGCACACAGGUCCGAACAUGGGCGGCACUCGGCGUCGAAAAGACAACAACGCUCAACAGGUCAGAACGGCCCUUCGGGACGAACAAUUUGGGCAGGUUCUGGAAGCUCUGAGCCCAUCCAAAAUGCAUCGCGGUAUACCAAAUGAAUUGCUUGUACAACAGCAAAAAAUGCAUCAGCUAAGUACCCAGCCUCAUCGUCUUCCUAGGAUGGGCGCCCUCUCUGUUCCAGUUCGACCCGCCUCGGCAGCCGUUGCAAGUUCGGCUGCGUAUCAUGAUCCUAAUGUUGUUUCGCGGAACGGUGCGAAGAGACCCUCCUCCGAGCAAGCGAAUUUCAGUGCGAACGGGCGCUCCACGGUCAAUCCCCGAACAAUGCAUCACACAGACAAUAAGGAAAAUCGUGAUUCAAGGAUACCAACACAUAAUCCAUUGGCACAUGCGCCGCAGCAGUCCGGCUCGGAUGUCUCUGCGAGAGACGGUUCACCAAACUUCUCGAGUCUCUCGAGGUUUGAAGCAGAUCCGGUAAGUCUGGGCAGCACGAUUGGCGGCAAAGCGAAGAGUAAGAAAAGAGGGCUCGCGGCUGAAGUGAGUGACUCUCUCGAUAUUGAGAUCCGUCAAGACCCAAGCUUGCUUGUUGUCCCAAGCGCCAAAUCCACAGUGCAAGAACAGCGCAACGCAGAGAAUUCGGAAAGAACAUCACGCAACCACACAAGCGGAGGGUUUUCCGGCGUUCCUGAUCAUGUCGAGAUCAUCGAUGUGGAUGCAAUCGAUCCGAAUUUGGUCGCAGAAACGACAGCCGAUUUGGCUAAGUUGUCACCUUUCAAGCCCUUCCACAAGGCUGGUAUGUCAAGUAUUAGCAGUACAGGACUGCUUGAGCGGCAGUUGUAUAGUGCUUUGGGAGAAGAGCUAGGCAGUUUCGAGCAGCAGAUAAGUUCAACGGGGAUGGGGCCCGAGCUUGCCCAGGCUCUGUCUGGUGUUGGUACAGACAACGAAUUGAUUGACAGCACUAUGCCCGGUCCUACCCUGAGCGAUUUUGGGCCUGCAGGCAAGAGGAAAAGACAAGGUACCCUUGGUGGCGAGAGAGAUCCGAGUCCUAUGAAGAAAAAGGAGGGGGCGCGAAAGGCUAUGGUGGAGGACGAGGAAAUGCCUGAAGACCUGCCGCAAAUGAGGGGGGAUUGACCUAUAUAUCAGCAAUGGGUCCCACGUUGCUGGAGAUCCGGCCGUCAGCUGCUAUGGAGUACUGUUAGACGACU